AUGGCAAAGUCACGAGCUGGAGCAGUUGUGUUCUCCUCAAAUAUCUGCAUCAAACAUAAAGGAUCGACUAGUCUUGCGGAGGCAAACGCUAUGCAAUAUGUCCGUCAAAACACCUCGAUCCCAAUUCCAACCGUGCACUGCUCCUUUAUCCACAAAGGUGACACGUAUAUUGUCAUGGAGCGCAUUCGAGGAGAGACGCUAGGGGAAAGUUGGCACUUACGCUCUGAGGAAUCUAAAGUAAAGAUUCUUUCUCAGCUGCGAGUAAUGAUACAGGAGUUACGAGCGAUUGCGCCCCCCAAAGAUGCUGGUGUUUGUAAUGUGGACGGUGGUCCAAUCUAUGAUUGCCGACUUCCAAACAACUCCUCAUGGGGUCCUUUUAAGACCAUCGAUGGGUUUCACCGCCAGCUACGAAACGGCAUCGAAGCCCAUCAUACGAAUGUCACUUCGCAAUACCCCGAUAUUCAAGCGCUCAUCAGGUUCCAUGAGAUGUCCUGGAACGAGCCCGUCUUGACACAUUCCGAUUUGAGUAGCCUCAAUAUUAUCGCGCAAGGUGACAAAGUAGUUGGAAUCAUUGACUGGGAGACUGCAGGAUGGUUUCCUCCCUAUUGGGAAUACACCACAGCGUCUGAUGUGAAUCCUCAAAAUGAGUUCUGGCGAGAAGAGAUCGACAAAUUCUUGACCCCACGGCCAUAUGAAUUGAAAGUCGAGAAUAUACGACGACGAUAUUUUGGAAUGAAUGGCAUGGGUUGA